GCUUUAGUUAAGCCCGCCUUAGCCCGCCAUCUUGCUGCUUGUUGGGUAGGUGGCAGAGUUGUACUUUUCCUGGUGAAAGGGCUCUAGUCAUGCCGCAUUAUCAGACGUGGGAGGAAUUCACUCGCGCUGCCGAGAAGCUGUACUUGUCCGAUCCUAUGAAGGUACGUGUGGUACUCAAAUACCGGCACUGUGAUGGAAAUCUUUGCAUCAAAGUAACAGAUGAUGUAGUUUGUCUUCUCUAUAGGACAGACCAGGCUCAAGAUGUAAAGAAGAUUGAGAAAUUCCACAGUCAACUAAUGCGACUCAUGGUAGCCAGAGAAUCCCGCAGUGUUACCAUGGACACAGACUGAAUAGCUAGAGAUACAAUGAAUGCUCAGUCAUCUUUCACGGGAAGAAAACCUCUCUUGGGUUUGGGCAAAUUUUGGAACAGAACAAGUGUGGCAUCAAGUGGAUUAAUAGAGUCUAAAGCGGGUUUUGUAAGGAUUCCCAGGCUCCGCUUCAAAGUGGCUAGGAGACAUUAUGCUUUCAUAAGAAAGCCUCUGUUUAUUUUUUUAAUUUGAGCAAGUUAAAUGUCUUCUACAGAAAAAUCUCCUAGUUAAAGCAUGUUAGGCCAUAUUUGGGCAUCUUCAUAUGUAAAUAUUGAGUACUCUGUCUAAAAAAAAUGAGGAAGCAAGUUGCAUUGCAAGAUGCCAUUAAUAGAGAAGGAAUUCUGAUUACUUGUUCUCGUUGAAUAUACUUAUGUUUGCUAACAUAAAAAAUUAUUCGUUUCUGAUGUAAAUUUUAUAUAAAUGUUAGUUAAUAAUAGCAUCUUCUGAAAUAAGUUAAAAUUGCCAACUUACUAAUAAUUUCAUGCAUCUGACCUAUUGCAAUCAGAACUUUUUUCCCUGAUUGCUGAUUUUUCCAUGUUUGUUUAUUAGCUAUAUGCAAAACCAUAAAUAUUUAUAGACACAAAUUCAGUACACUGCUUGUUGUGGGGUGGUGGUGAAUAGAUACAUACCUCAGAAGUUGAGGCCCAUAAAUGUCAAUUUAUUCUGGUUACCUCUUAUUUUGCAGCUAAGACAUCUGCACAGAUAUUGGAGCAGCUGUCAUGAAGAUCAAUAUCCUAUGCUACCCAUGGCAAAAGCUGUAUGGUUCUUAUCUUGUAAACUUUAAAUUUCUUAUCACAAUGUCAUUGCUUAAUACUAAAUUGAAGCCUAUGCUGCAGUAUUCUGUAUUAUAUGUAAUGGUCCCACUAUAGAUAGUUAAGAUUUCUAUUGUUCAGAGGUUCUUAUUGGUACUAAAUCAAGAGAUCUAUCACAAAUGGUCUUUCAACUACUUGCAUUCCAGGGAAGCAUGUUGCCCUAAUGUGAUAGAGAAACCAACCUUUAGAGGGUGCUAAUACAAGUUGGUAUACUGGUGUAUUAUCUGUCACUUUGGGUAGUGGUUAAAAGAACAGCGAAAUAAAAUACUUGGCAUUGUUGCUUUUC